ACGGCGAAGAGGACAAGUAAGAGGCAAGGAGCUGUAUUGUAAUUAAUCUAUGAUGUAAUGAGAGCGUGGGCAAAUAACAGCCCUUUCCAGUGGAUCACACGUCUGCCCCUCCUUACCCGAGGUCGAAAGUACAAUCCGCUACUCAAAGACGCCAUAGUCGCCGGUGCCAUGAUGGUUGUCGGAGAAAUCCUUGCCGAGGAGAUCAGACAUCAUAUGUCGAAACCACAUCAUGGGACUAUUUUGGUGCAAGAAACAGCUCUGAUGCCAGUCAUGCGGACCCCCGAGCAGAAGAAUGAGUCGUGGUUAAAAGGAUUUCUGUCCAGAACAGAAAUCGAUGCGAGAAAAGUUUGUAGUCUAGGCCUCUAUGGAGCGUUUCAAGGCUGUCUCAUGCACUUCUUCUACUGUUUUAUUGACAAGAAAUUGCCUGGGGCUUCCUUGAUGACAGUUUCAAAGAAACUCAUUCUGGAUGAGCUCACAAUGGCUCCAACGUGCCUCAUCGGCUUUUUCCUCUACAACGGAGUUCGAGACACCGGGACACUGGACGGAGGCCUUCAGCGUGUGAAACAUCUGUUCUGGCCAGCAUAUAUCGCGGACAUGAUGUUAUGGCCCCUUUUGCAGGCUAUCAAUUUCGGAUUCCUCCCAACGCGCUAUCGUGUAACGUAUAUCGCAGUUUUUACAUGUCUGUGGAAUACCUACCUCUGUUAUUUAAACUUCCAGCAUCCUCUGCAUACCAUAUCAAAAACAACCGUGGAUGGCAGCGACUUAUGAUUACAUUUUCCGCCUGUCUUUCAUGACUGACUCGUAACUCAAGUCAUUCCUAAUGUUGUUGUGAAGAUUCUUUGGUUUUCCAUGACAACUACACAAAACUGCAUUUUUGCUGGUGUCCUUCAGUGAAGUGAAUCUAGAACACUUUAUGUCAAAUUUUUGGAAUUAUUUUUGGAGUUCAGCUUCAGAAUGUACUUCAUUUUUUGGGUUCCAUUAAGGCUAUACCGGCUAAGUUGUUUUGGCGAUUUCGUAGGUUACAGGAGCUUCGUCGAUUCCCGCUAGUCCACCGGACCUCAGGGCAACAAGCCGCCUUAAUUGGAAUGAAAUCACAACGCAGAUAACCAAACUUUGUGGUCAGUACAAUAAGGACUACCCCUCUUUCCAAUGAGGGUGACGUUCGUUUAGUGCUU